AUGAACGUCCAGGCCCUCCACAACUGCUUCCUGGGGACCCUGCAGGCCGAUCAGGGUGUUAGACAACAGGCUGAGGAACAGCUUAAGCAGGCGGAGUCCAUCGUUGGGUUUUUAGGCGCGUGUCUAGACAUUCUGGGCUCAGACGACGUUGAACCGGUUGUCAAACAAGCAUGUUCCAUCUACUUUAAAAACAAAAUGAUCAGGAGCUGGUCAAGUUCCGAGGGAGAAAUUGAUGAGGGGGAAAAGCCAGGUAUCAGAGACAGGAUCAUCCCCACUAUCCACAAGCUGGAGAGGACACUACGCAACCAGUUCAUUCCGGUCUUGAGUGUCAUGAUCUCGUCCGACUAUCCCCAGAAUUGGCCUUCUUUCCUAAGCACCAGCAAGGCUCUCUUCCUCAACACCUCAGACAUCCAAGCCAUGUACACGGGUGUGCUCUGUUUUUCCGAGCUGACUAGAAACUAUAGAUGGAGGACAAAUGCCCAUCGUCAUUUAGAACUGGACCCUAUAAUAAGAGACAACUUCCCAAGUUUGUUGCAAAUCGGAAAACAGUUUGUUGCAAACCCAGCAGCAUUCGAAAGCCAUUAUGAAGCCGGUGAGAUUGUGAAACUGAUCCUCAAGUGCUACAAAUUUGUGACAUAUCACGACUUACCUGAGCCUCUCCAGCAGCAAGACGUCUCACUUGAAUGGAUCACCUUCAACGUGGACGUCAUCAACAUGAGUCUGCCUCCAACCGUCAUGGAGCUGGAUGAAGAUGAUCGUUCGCUGAGUCCGUGGGUCAGGAGCCAAAAAUGGGCCUAUGCUAAUCUGUACAGACUGUUUCAGCGUUAUGCAUCUAAAAGCUUGUCUAGCAGAUACGAGUACAACGAAUUUAGAGAGAUAUUCGCCAACAAUGUUGUUCCUGGCCUUUUAGAAGUGUACUUCAAGCGGCUGCAGGAAUGGAAAAGUCAAAAAAUAUGGCUGAGCGACGCGUCGCUUUAUCAAAUCAUUUCGUUCUUGGAACAGUGUGUGGUGCAGAAGGGAUGCUUCCGGCUUAUUGAGCCGCACAUCAGGGAGAUCAUCGCGGAGGUGGCCUUCCCGCUGCUCUGUCCAACCGAUGAAGUUCUCGACAUGUUUGAAAACGAUCCUAACGAGUACAUCCAUAUGAUUUUGGACAUGUACGAAGAGACUAGCUCUCCGCAGAUGGCCGUCCUAUCUUUAAUCUACACUCUGGUUGAAAAAAGAUCCAAGGUUGCGCUGGAGCCUAUUUUACAGUUUGCUUAUGAGAAACUAGCCUCCUUCGCCAAUGUGCCAGAGACUUUGGAUGUUGCCAAGCAGAAAGAGUCUGCACUACGUAUAGUCGGCCAAAUUUCGAGCAAGCUGACGGCAACAAAAUCGCUAGCAGACCAGGUGGAACCGUUUGUGGCCAGCUUCGUGCUGCCAAAUUUCCGGUCGCAGUUCGCGUUUUUGAGAGCACGUACAUGCGAUGUGUCUGCCAAGUUCGAUAGCCUCAAAUUCCAGGACGAAAACAACCUCACUGUCUUGUUCAAUGGCGUCCUUUCCUGUUUCAAAGAGGACAAUAACUUGCCUGUACAGUUGGAGGCAGCCUUGGCUAUUCAAGCGUUCAUCUCAUUUGAACAGUUUAAGGAUGCUCUGGGGUCCAUCAUCGUGGAGACCAUGGAGAAGCUACUGGAACUAUCCAACAAAGUGGACAUUGAUGCCAUUUCUGCUGUCAUUCAGGAAUGUGUGGAGUGCUACUCUGCUCAAUUGCAGCCGUUCGGAGCCAACCUGAUGGCAAGGUUGAGCGAGCAGCUCCUUCGUCUUCUCACUGAAAUAAACGAUUUAUCCAACAGCGGGCCAGACAAUUUGGACCACGAUGACCUCACAGACAAGCACAUGGCAGCUUUGGGGGUCUUCAAUACAAUGGUGACUGUUCUUCUUUACUUUGAAAGCUCUCAAGAUAUGAUUGCCGGAUUGGAGCAGAGUUACGCCCCAAUCAUCCAGUACACGUUCGAAAAAGAGCUGGACGAUUUUUAUGCCGAGGCCUCGGAACUUAUUGAGAACACUUUAUUCCUGACGCGCGCGGUCUCUCCAACAAUGUGGUCUCUGUUCGAAAGCAUGGUCACUGCGGUGCUAAAAAACGACCUGGCGAUGUUUUUGGACGACAUUAGUCCGGCACUCAAGAAUUACUUGGUUUACGGCGGUGCUGUGUUCAGAGAAAAUAAGCAGUAUCAGGAUGCCAUGGCUCAAAUCAUUCUCCAAAUUCUGGGCUCAGAGGACCCAGAUGCCAACGAGAUCUAUGAGGUUUCCGACCUUGGGGCCACUUUUGCACUCACACUCGACAAGGCCGCGAUUGAGCCUUAUAGUCCGCAACUGGUGCGAUCUACUCUUGGGGUGUUAUCGCACGAGGAUACUGCUCAUUCUUCCGACAGUCUGAAAAUUAUAGCCCUGGGAGUGGUGAUUGCAGUGCUCGUGGUACAUCCAAAGGCAUGUUUGCAAGUUCUGAUGGAAUGCCACGCCCUGGAGUCUUUUAUGACGACUUGGUUCAAGCUGGGUCCCUCGAUGAAACGCGUGUUCGAUCUAAAGCUGAGCGUGCUGGGGCUUCUUUCGCUGUUGAGCGUGGACUACGAGGCGUUAAAACAGCUGCAGUUGGAAGAGUUGAUUUCCGCUGCCGGAAGCACUCUGGCAGAUCACUUUGCCAAACUUCCGGCAGCCAUCAAUGAUUUGCAAAAGAAGCGUGCCGACUUCAACGCCGACGAGCAACUCGUCGAAAACGAGUUUGCGCAGCCGGUGUUCAACGAUGAAGCAGAGGAUGUGGACGACGACGACAUCGCCGACUACGUUCUGCAGAAUAUGGGCCGCGACCCGGAUCUGCUGCAUGCGGAAGACGAUGAGUACGAGGAAGAUCCGUUUUCGAACACUGUGUUGGACAACGUCAAUGUGUUCCGGGCAUUCAAAGACAGUUUCACGCAGGUACAAGGUGAUGCGGAAAAAUACACAAAAAUGACUGCGCACCUAACCAACGAACAACUACAAACACUACAGACUAUAGUAAACGUUGCACAAUAG